ACAAGAAGUUUAAUGACGUAAAUUAACUCACGUCCAACCAUUACCUGACAAGAGCUAGUUGGUAGAGAGGCACGCAGUAGUAUCGCGAGCGCGGCCGGAAGAGCGCGCGAUCGCUGGCGCACGCGCACGAUACGAACCGCGCCCGCGAAGUCUGACCAGCAUUCAAACAGCGACGACCGCGUAACAGCAACUCCAAUAUCUACCACGAUACCUGCAGAAUACUUCAGAUAACAAAAGAUAUCCGGAGGCCGCGUUCCCGCGGUUUUUAUAGAAACUUGUGCCUGCAAAACAUUAGCUUACUCAAUAUUCGCACACAUAAGAAUGCCGAGAUUGCACACCCCUCCCCAUGAACGACCGAAAACGAUAAUGGAAAAAUGUGAUGGGUUUACUAUUGUGGAUGUCAACAUAAGCGAUAAGCCUGAUAAAGAUGUAAACAAUAUGAAAGAUCAUAGAGAUAUAAACGAGGAUCAAAAUAAAAACACUAAAUCGCCAUUUACUGUCAUAAAAAUUCAACGCGAGCGAGGCGAGCGCGACUACAUCGGCUUCGCGACGUUACCGGAGCAGGUGCAUCGCAAGUCGGUGAAGCGCGGGUUCGACUUCACACUCAUGGUGGUCGGCGAGUCGGGCCUCGGCAAGUCCACGCUCAUCAACAGCCUGUUCCUCGGAGAUCUCUACAAAAACAGAAAAAUACUCGAUGCGCAAGAUAGAAUAGAAAAGACCACAUCUAUAGAGAAGAAGACGAUGGAAAUUGAGGAGCGCGGGGUGAAGUUGCGCCUGACGAUAGUGGACACGCCGGGCUUCGGCGACGCCAUCAACUGUGAGGACUCGUGGCGCGUGUGCUCCGCCUACAUCGAUGAGCAGUUCCGCCAGUACUUCACCGACGAAAGCGGCCUCAACCGACGGCACAUGCAGGACAAUAGGGUCCACUGUUGCCUCUACUUCGUCCCGCCCUGGGCUCACAGUUUGAGGCAAGUAGAUUUGGAAAUGAUGAAGCGGCUCCAUCGCAAGGUGAACAUUGUGGUAGUGAUCGCUAAAGCAGACUCCCUCACUGCCGCCGAGGUGAAACGACUCAAAGCGCGCAUACUAUCAGACCUAGAAGAACACCAAAUUCAGGUAUAUCAGUUUCCCGAGUGCGACAGCGAUGAGGAUGAAGAGUUCAAGCAACAGGACCGCGAGCUGAAGGCGGCGGCACCGUUUGCGGUGGUGGCCGCCGACACCGUGCUGGAGGUGGGCGGCAGGCGCGUGCGCGGCCGACAGUACCCCUGGGGCAUCGUGGACGUGGAAAACCCCCGCCACUCUGACUUCACGAAGCUGCGCACGAUGCUGAUAUCAACGCACAUGCAGGACCUGAAGGACGUCACGCAGGACGUGCACUACGAGAACUUCCGCGCGCAGUGCAUCUCGCAGAUAUCGCAGCACGCAAUGAGGGAACGAGGGAAACUGAAGCGAGAUUCGAUGGGUAAUAACAAUGAGGUAGUGAUCACAGACACGGACCGCCUGCUUCUACAGAAGGACGAAGAAAUACGUCGUAUGCAAGACAUGUUAACACAAAUGCAAGAGAAACUCAAGGCUUCCGACAAAAAACACGACAGUAUUAUAGACGUAUAGAAUAGACUGCAUUAAAUAGAUUAACGUUACACAAGACAAGACACACGUCGUUAGUUGUAAUAAAAACAAAUAAUAAAAACCUCUUUAGAAAAAUUUGAUGAAUUUAGAUUUUUGAUACUUAUGUUAUAUUUGUUAUAAUAACUAAUAUAAAUUCUUAACAUAACUAAACGCCGCUGCAAAAUAUUAACACGUCUUAUAGAAUCAAUUUAGUAUUACAGAUAUAAUUAAGCUGUUUAAUGUACUAUGGUUGUAUUGUAACGACAAACAAUAACAAUCAGAUUUACACGCAAAUGAAUGAAUUAAGUAUAAAAUUCUUCCGUAUGUAUGAUUAUUGAUUAUGGAGUAAUAACAGCACAUCUGUAUUCUAAAUUAGUCUUUAGAAUAUAAAAUCAUGGUCGCGGUGCAAAUACCUAUUUAUGAAAAACUGCUCAUUCAUUGUAGUCAGUAUAAUUCUGUUUUUUUAUUCAUUGAAAAAAGCAUUGUCUACCAUAAAUAGUUUUAGACCGACUAAGUUAUUACUUAACUUGUCGAGAAUUGUAAUAACAUUGCCAGAAAGAAGUAUCAAAUGAAACCAGAGGCCGUAGUUUAUGAACUCUCUAAAACGGGAUGCAACUCCAGUUAUCGUAUGAUGUCUCGCUCUAACAACGGAACUUACCUGGCGGUUCGAGAUCAUAAGAACGGUUUCAGAUUAGCGUUUUACAUACGCAUAUAAGCUCGUAUUCGGAAGCGCGUAGGUAUAGGCGCAACUUUUGCCACACGCGCAACUCGUGUCGUGUGAGGCGGGUCGUUAUGUUCCCUAAAAUAUGGUUGAGCGAAGCGAUGGCUGGUUAUUGCGUCAUGCUCGUGAACGAGUGCUGCCAGCGGAGAUGAGUCUGCCCUAACUACUUUAAUAUUUAAGAUGUAAAUUUUUACUUACACCUAUUAUAAAUAACUCUAUUUGUAUUUAUACUGUGUGACACAACAAUCUAAAUGCUGGUGAACAAUUAAUGUAUAAUUUCACAUUAUGUAAUGCAAGGUGACUUC